GACAAAAUAUGGAAAGGAGAAAAAAAGAGACAAACUCCAUCUUCACCGUACAUUUAUUCACAUUUUCUCCUUUCUUUUCUGUUCUUUUCUUUGCUUCAUAUCUCAAACUCAGACACAACAGAAGAUUAAGAUUUAAGAUAUGCCAUCCCUCUCUAUCUUCCCAUCACUCCCAUCGCUUCAAAACCCUAACUUGGACCAUGCCCACUUCUACAAUCCCUUCAAAUUCGUCAUUCCCCGUUUAAAUUCAACGAUUCCUUCAUCAUAUGCACGCUGUCACCGUAGAAUCCACUGCAAAGCUUUGAGGGAUUCCGGCGAGGACAUUAAGGCGGUGUUCAAGUCCGAUAACGGCGGAGGCAGCGGGGGCGACGGCGACGGCGGGGGUGGGGGUGGGGGUGACCGGGAUGUGGAGAAGAAAGAAGGGUCUUCUGGGCCUUUGCCAGAGUGGUUGAAUUUCACUUCUGAUGAUGCAAAAACGGUUCUUGCUGCUCUGGCAAUAUCGCUUGCGUUUCGCACGUUCGUGGCUGAGCCUAGGUACAUUCCUUCGUUGUCAAUGUAUCCUACAUUUGAUGUUGGAGAUCGAAUUGUUGCUGAAAAGGUUUCAUACUAUUUUAGAAAACCUUGUGCAAGUGACAUAGUAAUAUUUAAAAGCCCUCCGGUCCUUCAAGAAGUUGGAUACACUGAUGAUGAUGUUUUUAUAAAACGUGUGGUGGCGAAGGAAGGUGAUAUCGUCGAGGUUCGUAAAGGGCAUCUUGUAGUUAAUGGGGUUGAGAGGAGUGAAGAGUACAUACUUGAACCACCUUCUUAUGAGAUGAAACCCACACGUGUGCCAGAGAACUACGUUUUUGUGAUGGGAGACAACCGCAAUAACAGUUAUGAUUCUCAUGUGUGGGGUCCCCUGCCAGCCAAGAAUAUCAUAGGUAGAUCAGUACUUCGAUAUUGGCCACCAAAUAGAAUUGCGGGCACAAUUUCUAAGGAAACAUGCCCUGUCGAAACAAAGCAGGAGACUACUCUAGCAUCCCAAUGACCUCUGUUCCCAUGUAGCCAAUUUUUGUGUUGUCCCAUUUACUAUUCAUUAUUAACUUUUGGAAAGAAAUAGGACUUUGUCUUAGUUGGAAAAACAUUUUUAAGCUCUCCUACUCUUGCUUGCAUGUGGUGAUCGCUUGUGUAAUCAUUCAAAAUUCUAAUGCAGACGUACCAAGAUCACACUUUCUGUAAAAAACAUAAUCCACCACACCCAUGCUUCUGCAUU